AUGAACGGCAUAGCUAUCACACCGUCAAAACUUGCUAAGCUCCUAGGCGUGAUCUUUGACCACGAGCUACGACAGAAAGAAUACGUGCAGCAGCAUCUCCGCCCGGAGCAAAUGCGCCAGCUGUAUAAGGCGUGUGUUGCACCGGUUGUCGAAUACGCAUCGACGGUCUGGCACGACCCGCUUCGAGAUAAGAUGCACCUGCGACACCUACGCACGGUGCAACGAGCAGCGUUGAUCCGGAUUUUCUCUGCCUUCCGGACCGUGGCAACGUCCACGCUCAAAGUCGAGGCACAUGUACUGCCAACCCAUAUUCGCCUACGCCAUCGCGCCCAAACCACCAUCGCCAAACUCCGUACUCUACCAGGGAAGCACCCGGACCUCAACAUUGUCCAAUUGCUCGACAUUGUCUAUGCCGAUGGCCACAAUUUCUACCUCGUCAUAAAAUUUCUCGAUCUCGAUUUCAAGAAAUACAUAGAAGCCCUACCGGUGAGCGAGGGUGGUCGUGGUAAGCCUCUUCCCGAUGAGUCUACGUCGAUGGCAACCUUAGGACUGGGCGAUAAUAUAGUCAAGAAGUUUAUGGCCCAACUAGUUGAGGGUACUCGCUACUACUAUAGUCACUGUAUCUUGCACUGUGAUUUAAAGCCUCAGAACUUGCUUUUUGGCCGUGAUGGUAACCUAAAACUCGCCGAUUUUGGUCUAGCAAGAGCCUUCGGUGUCCCGCUACGGACUUGCACCUAUGAGUCCGUCGACGCAAGUUUCGCCGAGAUUUACAACUGCAAGCCAUUGUUUCCUAGUGACUCGGACAUCGACGAGAUCUUCAAGAUUUUACGAUAG